GCCACACACACUGCAACUGUCCACAGGGUUUACAGAGCACAGAGCUGCAGCUACACAAGUGUUUGCGGAGAUAUCUUCAGUAGAAGGAAUACAGUGAUGAGGGUCAGCCUGUUAAGUCUGAUAACAUGUCUACUGCUGAGCCGUGCAGUAACAUCACAGAGCUCCACCACACCAGAGUCAUCUACACUGAGCUCAACACCCACCAGCUCAAUGCCCAUAACUGGGAUUUCAUCAAGUACCCAACCUGCCACGUCAACUGCUACUAUCCCCCAUCUAAAUCCAAACAGUACAACUCCAUCCACCAACCAUACAUCUUUCUCCACUGCAGUUACACAAACCCCAGCGUCAGCCAACAAUACAAACUCAACAACUUCAUUCUCCCCCUCAACCCCAUCACCUGACACUGAUCAGACCCCAAAUGUGACCCAUGUGACGAGCACCACCAACAGCACCUCCCCUACAACGACCAUCACCAGCAACAGCACCUCCCCUACAAUCACCGGCAACAGCACCUCCCCUACAACCACCGGCAACAGUACCUCCCCUACAACCACCGGCAACAGCACCUCCCCUACAACCACCGGCAACAGCACCUCCCCUACAACCACCAGCAACAGCACCUCCCCUACAACCACCAGCAACAGCACCUCCCCUACAAUCACCAUCACCAGCAACAGUACCUCCCCUACAACCACCACCAAAAACACCUCACCUAUCACCACCACCACCACCAUCACCACCACCUCUCCCAGUAUAACCCACACCACAGGACUGGAUCAGGAGGGACACAAAUCCAAAGCUCUGAGCUCAGGAAGUAUUGCAGGCAUCAUUUUUUUGUUCAUUGUAAUUGUCAUCGUAGUAUUAGGUGGGCUGUACUACUACAAGAUCCGACGGACAAACUACGGUCGUCUACUGGACAACAGUGACUACAGCACUUUAGAAAACUUCAACAACCCCAUGUAUGACCCUUGAAUUUGAACUUUUGACCUCCAACUCUGGAAGUUACGCCCUCAGAGGAAGCCAUUCUGAUCAGACUGUUUAUUGUACGUGUGUAAUGAGUUCAGGACAAUCACAUUUUAUGACUGAUAUGUGGGUUCAUAGCUUGAUUGCACUCAAUUGCAAAACAAAUGUGAUGUUUAUCUUGACCUUUGUUCAAGUAGCCUCAUUUUUUUCCCCUAGAUGAACAGGAAAGGAAAUGAAAUAGCAGUUCUCAGGUAGCUCUUCAUAGAGCUCUGGCUGCAUAGACACCAUGCAUAAUAAUUUUACCAUAACUGUAUGACAGCUUAAAUCACAAGGAAAUGAAGCUUGUUCAUCAGAGGUAUUGUGAUUCUAACGGGAUAUUUCCAUCCAAUAUGUACAAAAUGAAGUGAAUUAUGGAAACUCGACCACGAUACUGAGACCUGAUAACGAAGGGUGACAAUUUCUGCUGUCUGAAAACUGAAUUAAUGUGAUCAAAGUUCAAAUAAUGUACUGUAGAUUUUUUUUUUGUAAUCAUUGAUUGUUCUUGUUAGCACCUGCUGAGUUGUGUAUUCAUUGCUUAAACUAUGAAAUGAAAUGAGAUUUCUGUUGCCGAACUAGAUGUUCAGAUUACUGAAUUUUCAGUGAUCAGUUUCACUCUAGCCAGCAAGACAAAGCCGAAGGCUUAGCAAGCACUCAACUCAUUCAAGCCCCCCUGCAGAGGUGCCCUUGAGCAAAAUACUGAACCCCCCACCUGUUUCGAGCAGUGGUCUGCAGAUGAUCAGCCACUGACCAUUUUCAACUACUGUCUGUAAGUGAGUUUUUCAUUACUGAAUGUUAUUUGUGUGACUUUUUCCAGUGUGACUUUGCUUCGCUUCACAGCUCAUCCAAGCUGCAUUUCUGAUUGUAAUUUUCUUUCCUUCAGUAUUUAAAACAGUGUUGUUUGUUUAGGUGAAGAGCAAUGUGACAGUUUUGAUGCUUCUGUGUGGCACGACUGUAUUCAGUUUUUUGUGUAAUAAAAGUGACAAAAGAAAAAUGUGAGCCACUAUGAUGGUUAUAUAGAAGAAACUCAAAGACACACUUUAAGGUACAUACAUACACACUGAGACAGAGUGGCAUAGAGCAUGACAAACACACACACACACAAGUAUUUAUAUGCUUUUUAACCACACUAGCAGCAUGGCUCUAGGAUUAUGUCAGUCUGUUGGUCAGUGAGUCCACUUUGGUCCAGACUGAAUGUAGUGCAAUGUUAUUUCAUACAGCCAUUCAUGUUCCCAAUAAAAUCAUUUACUUUUACUUUUGUGGUUGUAAUAAUAACCAAAUGUUAGCAUGUGGACACGCUAAACUACGAUGGUUAACACGUUAGCAUGCUCAAGUCUGCAUUUAGCUAAGCGCAGCUGAGCCUUGCUGUGUUUUUAUUGUCUUUUUCAAAGCUUCUUAACCUUGUGUUUGUGCUCAUGUGGGGUUGUUUGACAGGGUCAAAUCAAAGGGGUUCAACCUCUGGGGAACAAGAAUUUUGACAGGGAAGUCCAGUAUAUCUGGUCCAUUAUGUCUGAUAUUUCCAUUGAAGUGAAAAUUACUAUAGUUAGCACUGGGGAAAAUUCGUUUAAAACUGUUAUCACUUACCCAUUACAUGUUAAUCACUGAAAAAAUAAUUACAUUACUAGUUACUAGUAAAAGUAAUGUGUUACAUUACUUUACUUUCAUUAAUCCGCUCCUCCAAAAUAUCUUUAAACUCUA